UCACCUGAAUCACUCACUACCUCACCAAACAAUCAGUUCUCAGUCAACUGUACUGCCAGAGCUGAGGUUGAUGGACAGAGUAUUCCUGUGGACAUAGAAUGGACCCGGAUAGACAUCUUUUCUCAGUCUGGUCCAUCUGAACUGAUGCCCACUCUUUACACCACAACUGGAUCUCCAGAGAGAGGCUAUCAGAGUGUUCUGACCACCUCUGAGAAUGACACUGGCAACACUAUCAUCUACCGCUGCACUGCUACAACAUUGGGUUACUCCAGCUUCAGUGACAUCACUAUACUUGUUGAAGCAGUUUUUAGCAGUCAGAGUGGUUUUUUCACCACAAGCACCAGCGCUGCAACCAAUAUCCAGACUAUCAGCAGCACUUUCAUUACCAACCCAAGUAUUACUCCCCCCACCCAAAAAACAAUUAGUCCUAAUACAGUAACCACUACUGUGUUCAUACCAGGGACUUAUAUGAGUCUGAGUAAUAAUUAUGUCAUGAUGACAAUGUCAACAGAAAGUCAAGCUCAAUCCACUACUAAACAGGCUUCUGGUGUUACAACGACACCGACUGCUUCCACUGCUACAACAAAUGCAGCAGUAAAUCCUAGCAUCACAACAACUAACAUCACAGCAGCCACUAUGACACCCACUAUCAUGACAAAAAGUGCAAACGCACCU